GAUUAUUAAUUCCCUCCCAGAGGCCUGCGACUUAGCCAGCUGCUAGCAGUAGGAUGAAGCAAAAGGCGGUGAUCAAGUUAUGCGUGACUUCCAAUUGCAAAACCAGGCCAAAAGCCCUGAAGAUUGCAGUUUCCAUGUGUGGCAUUGAAUCUGCGGCUUUGGAGGGGGACAAUAAGGAUCAAAUUGUUGUUGUUGGCAAUGGAAUUGAUAUAGCCAGCUUAACAUCCACAAUGAAAAAGAAAUUAGGGUUUGCAGAAAUAGUGAGCGUGACUCCAAUUGAGCAAAAGGAAAAGGAAAAGGAGAAGGAGGAGGGGAAGGAGAAAGAGAAAGAGAAAGAGAAAGAGAAAGAAAGCAACCAAGGGACAAUACAAGCCAUGGUUUGGCCUACUUACAACAAUCCGCAAUAUUAUCCUUGUGAACUUCAGAGUUAUGACAAUAAUUAUAACCACCAAUGUGGCACUUGCGCCAUCUUGUGA